GGGGAGCGGGGGCCCGGGGGGCAGCGGGCCCACUCCUGGGGGCGGCAUCCCCGGCACCACUGGCCCGGGUGGACCGCCCCCGUCCUCUGCAGCUGCUGCCUCCGCCGUCGGCACGGGGAGCCGCCGCCAAGCCCCGGGAAGGGGACCCCUCUCUGCUGGCCAGGCAGGAGGAGGAGGCGGAGGGGAUGGAGGAGGGGCUGGUUUCGGUAUCGGAGGCGCUUGUGCUGGUGGAGGGGGAGGGGGGGAGGGGGGGGAGGAGGGGGGGUAGGAGGAGGAGGAGGAGGAGGGGGAGGAAUGGACGAUGCCCUGGAACAAUGGAGUCGAAAUCCCCUGUUAUGUUGGUUGUGUGAAGAACUGUACGAGGAGCCUUGCCUGCUGGCCUGCUACCACACCUUCUGCUCGCGCUGCCUCAGACAAAUAGUGCAUGACUCGAAGAUUGCCUGUCCUCUCUGUGGGAAAGUAACGGGACUCAAGGAUGGCCAGUUUCCGCCGAGAGACAACCUCAUGGUGUUUCUGGUGGAGUCCUCUUGCGAGGAGAGACCCCAGUGUGCCAACUGUGAUAAAUCGAAUCAGUCCGCCAUGUUCUUCUGUAACACUUGUGGUCAGGCUCUGUGUGGACACUGCCGAGAGGAGACACAUCGAGCAAGAAUGUUUUCCCUGCACGAUAUCAUCCAUAUGUCCAAAAGAGGGAGGGAAGCCAAUAGAAAGUGCGCCGUUCAUGGAGAACCACAAAUAAUGUUUUCAACGACCAAGAGAACAAUGCUGUGUAUCAACUGCUUCCGGGAGUCGUCGCUCGACGCCAGACUCUAUUGCGUCGACUUAGACACGGCCUAUUCCCAAGGUUGCAAGAAGCUGGACAGGGCUGUUAUGCUUCCUGGAGAGACGCUCAUCCCCAUCGACAUAGCCUACGCCCAGGCGCGGCAGAAAUUGGACAGGGCGGCAGUGAGCAUCCGGGACCUACAGGGAACGGUGCGAGAAGGCGUCUUCCUCUUCAAGGAGCUGCUGGACGAACUCCGCAAAAACAUGGAAGCCGAAAAGCACAACAUCAACUCUCUCUCCGAUAAUCUCCAGGAAACUGUCAGAAGAACUCAAGAGGGUCUGCUUAGGGAAGUCGAUGGGCAAUACGAAGCCAAAGAUAAGCUCUUCCGAAGCCAAUUGUCCUCCUUGGGCUCCCUCUUACCUAUCAUCCAGGUCCACCUCCUGAUGUGCACGACCUUCUCGUCGUCAGCCUCCAAGUAUGAGUUCCUCGACCUCGUUUUUCAGCUGAUGGAGAGGUUGGCUAACAUUGCUCAUCUUUCCCACCCACUCAGUUCUUACUCCAGGCCAGGCCAAAGCAGUCAAGUUAGAAGUAACUUUAAGAGCGAGUUCGCCAGAAGUCUCGAGCCAUUUCUCUCCGUCGUGGGCAAAGGACGGGACCCCUUGGCCAUGCCCUCAGGGUCUUCCGGAUGCAGCGAGAAGCAGUCCUCGGAAGGAGGUUGUGCCUCCAGACCUCCCUCAGCAGCGUCAGUCAUGCCCCCCGGGUCUUCUGGCAUGCCUGGUUCGAGAAGGUCCCUCUCCGCAGCCAAACUCAAAAUUAUCGAAAGCGGAGGCCCCUUUGCCGAGCACUGCAAGUCCCACGAAAACAGAUUUAGGCAAGAAAUGUCCAGCAAGUUUACCAGACUAAAAGAAGAGGCUCAGGAAUUACACCGGGACGUGACCCUGCGACGAUGCCUAACGAGGAGAGGGAGAGUGGAGGAAAUCGUGAGGGAGUGCGCAAGUCUGGAGGAGGAGUUCAAGAACUACAGCGACGAGUUGGAGGAACUGAGGGUCGUCUUCGACGGUGCCUGGGACGACCAGAUUCAGAGAGUUUACGCCGAACAGGAAGUUUUCCAGUCGCAGGUGAACGACGUAGCGAGUCUCCGGGACGAAAACAAGAGAUUGAUGAUCAUCGCUCAGCAAUUAGAACCUUACAUAAGAUCCAUCACGGCCUUAAUGGAGAGAAUAUCACCGAAGCUUCAGGUGCCCCAGGCCCAGGCCAUGACGUCGUCUCAAGUUUCGGUGGUGGAUUCCAGCGAAAACAUUAUGCAACAAAUUCUAGACCAAAUCAGCAGCACGUGCAAGACUGACCAACAACAGAGAGCGGAGGGUCGGGGGUGCGCAGACGGUGCUAGUCGCGGUAGUGGCGGCGUGGAUGACUCUGGGGUGGUGGUGUCUUCAGGCUCAGGUGCGUUAAUAGGCGGAAUCCCAAAACCCCCAGAUCCGCCCCACACCCGCAGAACACCAGACCAUGACGAAGACCAGGAGAGUGAUCAUGCGCAUGGCUUCUCUCCAGGGCCGGGCUCAGGCCGGGCAGAUCCGGCCCACCCCACUAGAGAGGGCGAUAAAUAUCGAGGGCCAGUGUCCCCAGCAUCCUCCAUGGCGUCGACGUUGGCGUCCUCUGUUAUAGGUGGUUCCUACAUGGAGGUCCGCAAACCAGAUAGGGCUGUACGACGUAAACGCCAAAACAGCGAAGGUGACUCUUUGGUGUGGGAGCGCCAUCGAGGCUGUGAAAGCGAGAGCGAGAUGGUUUCGUCCACGUCCUCUCUGAGGAUCAACCAGCGCCGUGGCUCAGAAGGUAGUGAUGUGGAGGAGGUCAAAAAGGGAGUGUUUAUGCAGCUACUUGAGAAAGUACGUCUUCGCGAUGACAAGAAGAAACAUGAAUAUGAGAGUGACGCCGACGAGGGCCGAGCCUCAUCUCGAGAGAGAAUACCUGUUGGACGUGUCGUGCACAGAAUUCCUAGAGGGAAAGUCUUAUCAGACCAUCAAACUGACCACUACUUAGACCUCGCAGCGGCAGUCUUCGAUGCAUCAGCAGUCCCAGAAAGGCCGAAAUCUGCCUGUGAUAACACCUUGUUAAGAGCUGCAGAGAAGCUUUAUUCAGGCCUUGGUUCUGUUCGUGCCCUCAGUGGUGAACCUGAAACUACUGGUCGCAUCAGUGCUGAACGUCUGGAUGAACUUCGUCUGGCACAAGCAAGAGCUGUUGCCGAGGCAGUCUCUCGGUCGCGAGAGAGCUCAUUAGGUCGAGCUCGUUCAGCCGAACGAGAAGAAGGCAUUAGGACACCGAAGGCAGUUCCAGUGCCGAAGGUGCCCCAAGGGAUUCAGGGACGUUCAGGGGAAUUCAGCCUAGGGGAAGUCAAAGCCAUAGUACACGCUGAGCAACUGGGGGGUCCCAGUCGCAAAUCACCUGGCCGGAAGGACAUGGAGACUAUCUAUGCUGUAGCUACGGUGCCGCGGAAGACGUCCUCCAAAAAGGAGAACAUUUAUGAGAAUGUGCCAAUAUCGAGUGAGCAGUUUGGACAGCUAUUCAGGGAUGACUCCCGUCACUCCCGGCCAGUUUUUAAAAAACAGAACUCCCUUGACGCCCUGCCCUCGGAGGCACGCAAAGGUAGUGGUAUUUUGAGAAAGGGAGACAGUAGUGGGCUAGCCGAGGGAUCCGUCAGGCAUGGAACCUUGAGAAAAGCCGAUAGUUUUGAGGGCCAUGAAGAAGCAGUGAAGACUUUGGUGGCAGCUGUCCAGGAAACAAGAAUACUUAGGCGGAAGAAAACUAAAUGAUUAUCAGUCAUAGCCAUAAUAUUUUUUAAAACACUUUCCUUGUUAAAACUUGUCUUUUGCAGCUUACCAUUGCCCACAGCUGAAAAUAGAAAACAGUUUUUAUCUAGUUCGUUUCCAAUUGUAGACAAAUCGAAGGAGAAAGGGUCAAGUGUUUGAAUAUUGGCCUUUGUAUAAAAGCGAUCGUAAGUGACGUGUUUUUGAAAAUCAAUAUAGACGCAAUGUUAGACUCAUGUUUGAAUUGCGGUAAUCACCAAAGAGUUUUAUGUUGACUAGAACGAUUUUAGGUGUAAAAGAGAAAUGAAACGAGUGUGUAAGUUGUUUUAUGCUUACAAAAAUCUUGAAAUAUACAAUGCACAGGCCAAACAUAAAUGAGUAUUAAGUACCCUUUUACAAUGAAGUAUUGUGACACAGUGAAUGUGAAAGAAAAUCCCAUGUAAUACACUUAAAAAAGGUUGUGAUUUAUAUGCGAUAGUGAAGGAGAGUGGCAUACAUGCAUCCAUACACACAGACAUACACCCACAUGUAGUACACACCCACACCUCAAAGGGUCGGGCUCCACUUCGCCCGACUGCCCUAAUCUCUUGAGAAAACGAGAAAGAAGAAAGCUCAGUCUAUUGGUACUCCGUUUCAUCUCACCAACAACACGAACUGUAUCCCAUCAUGGCUGGUUCUCAUUGUUAUCAUGUAUCGUGAAUAACUCGUUCUUUUUUUCAUCAGGGGUUUAAUUAUGAAUCAUUACUGUAAGAGAUUGUAUUUCUGCAUCAUGCUCCAGGCUGGGUAGCUCAUCCCCGUUAUAGCCAGUGUCUCAUGUUAGGAAUAAAACACAUUGUUAUGGACCUUCAUAAUCAUAUGGGAUGAUUAUGGCGAUGAGGUCAGUGAGGUUAAUUAGUCUUUUAUACCUGUGGAGGUUUCCAUAUAAAUGAUGCGAGAUCAUUGAUAUAUAUAUAGACAUAUAUAUAGACAUAUAUAUAUAUAUAUAUAUAUAUAU